CGCUCCUUGCUUCUCUCUGCUCCAAGAAAGCUUCAACCGCCAAUCUUUUCCGCCCAUUUUUACCCUCUUGUGUGUGAAUCUCGUAGCAAGAACAAUACCUAUAUGUUGUAGACCAUUUAGGAAGGGGUUCUGCACAUGUUAAAGGCAGUUUCUCUAAGAUCGAUGGAUCCGAAGACACCGCCGGAGCUGUACCUCUCCUUGAGACACUCCUAGGAGUUGAAAUGAUGGAGAAACAGCUCGGAGAGGUAUUUAGAAAGUUUGGAGUCGAAAAAUUCAAUCCUAGAAACAAACCAUUUGAUCUAAACGUGAACAAUGCAGUAUUCCAUGUGCCAGAUAAUUCUAAGCCUCCAGGCACGGUCGCUCAUGUGUUGAAGGCAGGAUACAUGCUGUAUGAUCAGGUAUUCGACCAGCUGAGGUUGGAGUUACUCGAAGCGUUGGAUAACGAUGCAGCUGAGAAUAACAAAAGUAACAAUGGCUCUGAUGCAUGAUGACAAAUCUAGGCAGGGUUGCCCUUGCAAACUUUCAAA